AAGCCAAUCCCUCCAAUUCUUCCACCCCAGGAAUCAGUCACGUUCCUGAAGCUGACUAUCUCGCCCUCGAGACUAACCACGUUGCCCAAGAGAACAAUCAUCUACUCUCCAUGAGGCCCAAGAACGACCUUUCCAAGGAAAUUGCCUCAGUCACAAAGAUCUACACAGAAGACCAGAAAUAUAGCGGUACGGACAACAGCAGCCUUGACUUCAAACUCAACAUCUUUUAUGACAUUUGCUCUAGAGCUGGCCUACCACUACAUGGCUACAAAGCUGCAUUGCCAACAAUGCUCAAGGGAGUUGCUGAAGACCACUAUUACAGCAGUGGAUUAUCAUCAAAGACAUUUCAAGAAGCAUGCCAUCACUUACGCCAGUUCUUUGAAGGACCUGAGUUCUACCGGCAGAACUUGACUAAGUGGAACGCUAUCUCACUGCAGAAGGUUAUGAAUGAUAACUCUGAAAGAUCAAUCUCAAUCUACCAAGGCUUUCAGCUCCUACUCAGUAACCUCCUAAAACAACGCCACGGCCUCCACCCUGAACUCCGAAGCAACAUGAAUCUGAUUAACAAGCUUAUUACAGCUUGCCAGGGAGUACCAGCCUGCCGCAUGGCCGUUGCUGAUCCACCUGAAGACCUAGCAGUACUAAUCAACAAACUGCAAUCCUCAAUCAGCACUUGGGAGAAGGAGAACCCACAAAGACACGGAAUUUCUCAUACAGAUACCCGAGAAGAAGUCUUCUACACUGAUAGAAGGUACUAUAACCAGAACAGGAACUACAACCAAGGCAAAAGAGACCCAGCGGGCAAGUGUUAUGUCUGCCAAAAAUCAACCUGCCGCUCCUGGAGACACACUGAGGAAGAACAAAGGCAAUCCAAAGAGAAAUAUCGACAGCGUUUUAACAAUGACAAAGGAAUGAAUGGCGACUUCAGCAGGCGAUACAGGCAGUAUAUGAUAUAUUGUGAAGGAAAUACCAAUGAAGAGGAAGCAGAGGCUUUUGAAGCACUCGUAACUGAUACCCGAACUUUUGAUCCCGGAACCGAAACAGACCUUAAUGAAGAAGAAUACGACCUUAUUGACACAUUUGUUACUUCAUUCGGCUCAAUUACUACUGAACAAGCAAUGAUCACAACUUCUGAACUUGCCAAUCGAUCCUUCACCCAUUGUAUCAACGAUCAAAAGUUUUCGAACCCGAUAGUUGACACCGACCCAUUCAGCUAUAACGCCACUACCACUUCCGCGAGCGAUACCCGGUACAACUCUGAGAUCUUUAUGGGAAUAAUGAUUGAUACUGGUGCCUCCAGCAAGUCUACAGCUGGAUAUGGCCAAUUCCAGGCACUUCAAAACACAGAAAACAUCACAUUAGAUACCUCUACGGCUGGCCAGGUAAACGUCCAAUUUGGCAUUGGAAUAACCUCAUCAAUUGGCUCCGCAAAAGUUUCAACCCCAAUUGGCAACAUCCAAUUCCAUAUUGUCAACGCUGAUACCCCAUUUCUGCUAUGCCUAGCAGAUAUGGACAAUCUCGGAAUAUACUACAACAACCUCAAGAACGUUAUCGUGACUCCGAAACCUGCAACGCCCUUCAACUCCGCUACUAAAUCAUUGGUUGAGAUCCCUGUUAUUCGCCGAUUCGGCCACCCAUUUCUGCUAUGGAAUUCUGCUCUGUCUUCAUACCUUACCUCUUCAUUCGAUAUGAAUCCUUGUUUCCUGACAGACGUUGAGCUACGGAGAUUACAUCGCCGUUUCGGACAUCCAUCUGUUGAUAGACUUCAGACGCUUUUAAGAAGUGCUGGUCAUGAGCCAAAUACAGCCGCAUUAGAACAUCUCACUAAGUUCUGCCACUAUUGUCAGAAGUUUGGUAAAUCCCCUGGUCGAUUCCGAUUUAACCUCAAGGAUGAGGCACAUUUUAACUUCAACAUUAUUGUCGAUAUCAUGUAUAUUGACAAUAUGCCUCUCCUUCACGUUGUUGAUGAAGCAACUCGCUUCCAAUCCGGCAGAUG